CUCAUCCGGCCCCCUCAUAGAUGUGCUGGCCUUUUGCGAUAAUUCCCAUCUCGCCGUCAACUAGAGUGCAGUAGGCCUUCAAUCGCUUGGGUUGCCUUCCCUCUACGUAAGAGCGCGGCUCGCAUUGUCCUCGCAUCAGCGCCGCAGUUAUCGAGAUCCUUCAACCAUAGCGAAACAGAGCUACCUCGCAUUUCUGGACGAGUCAACGUAGAAGAUGGUGCAAACAAAAUCACCCGCCACCUUGACGAUAUCCGUCCUUAUCCCGCACCGCGUUCGCAGGAAAUGGAGGGCCACGCGCUCGCACAUACACAGUCGUCUCUCUUGCACGUCGUCCGUCGCUUCUCUUCAGACGUCCUUCUCACCCGCCGACACGCUGCGCUCGUUGCGAACACACGCCUGGUCGAUAUACGACGUACAGUAUCUAAUUGUGGCCAUUGUGCUCAUCUUCUCUCUGUCCGUCAGCGAGUCGCCGGGUCCCUUUGCGAAGACGUUCAUGGCGGGGUUGCUUAUGGGCGGUCUCGUUCUUCCUAUCACUCGACAAUGUCUUCUCCCAUUUCUUCCUACCCUUGCAUGGCUCCUUCUUUUUCCUAGCUGCAAAUACAUUCCCGCCGAUUAUAGACCCGCCAUCUGGGUCCGGGUUCUCCCCACGCUCGAAAACAUACUUUAUGGCGCCAAUCUGAGCAACAUCCUCUCCGCCCACAAACACCCCAUCUUGGACAUAUUGGCUUGGAUACCGUACGGCGUGAUGCACUAUGUUUCGCCCAUCAUCGUUAGUGGAUGUAUGUUCAUCUGGGGCCCGCCCGGCACCCUCCCUACUUGGGCACGCGCAUUCGGGUACAUGAACGUGACUGCCGUCAUCAUUCAGAUCAUCUUUCCCUGUUCUCCCCCAUGGUACGAGAAUACGUACGGAUUUGCCCCUGCCAACUAUUCCAUACCAGGUGACGCCGCAGGAUUGAAGGCUGUCGAUACGCUGUUAGGCAUUGAUCUCUGGACUUCGGCAUUUCAUGCUUCGCCUUUGGUAUUUGGCGCCUUUCCAUCACUGCACUCUGGCUGGGCAACCCUGGAGGCGCUGUUUAUGGGCCAUGUCUUUCCAAAACUGUUCCCGGUGUACGUUUUCUACACAAUGUGGCUGUGGUGGUCCACUAUGUACUUAUCCCAUCAUUAUGCCGUUGAUCUAGUUGGGGGUAGCUUGCUCGCCGGCAUUGCCUAUUUUUGGGCCCGCGCUAAGUUCCUGCCUGGCGUGCAGCCCCACAAGGACUUUCGCUGGGAUUACGAUUACGUCGAGGAGGGGGAUCCUCAAGAUACCGGCUACAACAUGCGCGAUAUUUACGAAGACUCUGCACCGCAGUCGGGUUCCGAUAUUUGUGCGAGUGGGUCUUCUUCAUCCUACUCCACUGGUGGCAGAAGUCCCGCCAGACCUCAUUCACCGGUAGAUGACACCCAAAGCUUGUGAGACAGUGACGUCGUUCGAUCCGAAAGGUAAUCUCUCCGGUGGUCCAUCGUUGCUUCAUCUCAACUUCCAGUCCCCAAGAUCGUCUCCCAGUACUACGCCGUGCCUGACCUUCACGAUUUAAGCACGGAACAGAGUUCAAGCAUUUCCAGAGAAACUAUAACCCAUCGAUUUCUACUUUCCUGUUCAGCAUGAAGAAGUGAGCAUUGCAAAAUGGCGCAAUUCGGGCAUUUCCUGGGCUCACAUCUGGAUGGCCAUUGGUCUGUUGUGGUUCAUUUCCAUUUCUGUACCUUGUUAUUCGGAUAGACAUCCUAUUGCUCGCUUCCGGUAUAUUGAGCGGUCGCAUUUGUUCUUGGACAUCCGCUGAUAUAUGCAGCUGCGGCCUUGCUGUCUGAAGGGCUUAAUGCUUUAUGUCAAGUAUUAU